CUACAACCCCCAUCAGCCAAACAGUCCGUAUUAGGUCGACGUGUAUGUUAGCUCAGUCAGCGCAGAUACUGAAUGAACAUCUCUUAUACAAAAAUCCAUAACAUAUUGGGUUGGAAACAUGGCCGGGGAAAUGUCCAUAAUAGGUUCUGUCAUCCUGGCUUUGUUCCUGGCAGGAUAUCUGGGACAGCAGUACCUGCCCCCUCCGAAGCCCAGGGUCAUUGGGUUGGAUCUUGGGACCACUUUCUGCUCUGUGGGAGUGUUUCAGCCUGGCACAGGCGAGAUUGAGGUUAUUGAAGAUGACAAAGGUCGCAAAACGAUUCCGAGUGUGGUGUCAUUUACCCCCACCGGUGUGUUUUCUGGACAUGAGGGCCAGGAAUUGUCUGACAUAAAUCCUCAAAACACAAUUUACGAUGCCAAGAGAUUUAUAGGGAAGAUUUUCGACGAAGACACUUUAGAGAAAGAGAGCGCACGAUACCCAUUUAAGGUGAUAUUCAACAACAGGAGUGCAGAAUUUUUAGUCUCUACAAAUAGCACCUUCACAGUUACUCCUGAAUUCAUUGGAUCCCGCCUCCUGCUGAAAAUGAAAAAGAUGGCGGAGAAACAACUAGGAGUACCUAUCAAUAAAGCGGUUAUAUCAGUGCCAGCAGAGUUUGAUGAGAGGCAAAGAAACUACACCAUAAGAGCUGCUAACCUAGCCGGGCUGGACAUCCUGCGGGUGAUAAAUGAGCCCACGGCGGCGGCGAUGGCUUAUGGACUGCAUAAAGCAGAAGUGUUUAAUGUGCUGGUGGUGGAUCUGGGAGGAGGAACACUAGAUGUGUCACUUCUUAAUAAGCAGGGUGGCAUGUUCCUCACCAGAGCAAUGGCAGGUAAUAACAAGCUUGGAGGGCAGGACUUCACCCAGCGUUUGCUGCAGUACAGCAUUGAGCGAGCGCGGCAGCAGUACGGCGUGCCUCCUACUCUUAAAGAAGACAUCCACCUCCUCCGACAGGCCGUGGAGGCCGCCAAGCUCAACCUCACCCAGGAGCCUCACGUUCACCUCCGUGUUCCUCUUCACCUGCAAACAACGGGAGCGAACGGAGCGCAGGAGGAAAAAGUCCUGUUUCAGGAGAGGCUGACACGGGAACUCUUUGAGGAGCUGAAUGCAGAUCUCUUCCAGAAGAUUCUGGCACCCAUUAAGACUGUCCUCAUAGAGGGCCAUCUAGAGAAAGAGGAAGUGGAUGAGAUUGUCCUGGUGGGAGGGUCUACCAGGAUCCCCCGCAUUAGACAGCUCAUUAGUCAGUUCUUUGGAAAGGAACCAAACACCUCAGUGGACCCUGACCUGGCUGUGGUGACUGGGGUAGCCAUUCAAGCAGGCAUCAUGGGCGGCUCGUGGCCUCUUCAGGUCAGCGCAAUUGAGAUUCCCAACAGGCACCUUCGUAAGACCAACUUCAGCUGAUUGGUUGAGAAACUUAAACUGCUACUUUGUCACAUGACUGCCAUGUGCCAACAAACCAAAAACCGGUUAAACGAUGUGUGUGUUAUAUGUUUUUGCUUCCUUAAACACAGCUUUGCAAUGAAGUCCUGAUUGGGCCAAACACAAUGGUUACUGGAGCAUUUGUACUAAAUGUCUGGACUUGUUGGCCCAAAUUAAAAAUGUAUACAUUUAUCUUAGCAUUGAGAGAAUGUUUUUCCCGUUAUCUUGAGCAAGUGUCUGCUUGGGACCAUAUUGGUUAGUUUAUUGCCAUCUUUAUGCCUAACUGGUACUAACUGUGCAAUAAGUCUUUGACAACUGGUUUUAGCAGGUUUAAUGAUGUUACAUUCAGGGAAGCAGCUGUUUGUAUAUAACUGAAUAAUCAUUCCAGUCUCAGCUAUUUAUUUAUUUAUUUUGCCAGGGCUAGUUGUGAUUUCAGGUAGCUGUUUUUGUCUACUGGAGUUUUGCUUGUGCCUUUUUAAUCAUUGCCACAGUUAAAUGGGUACCGUAGACUAAGCAUAGUCUGAUUUGUACUUUAUUUUUAAAGACUUACUGUCUUUUUUGUGAUGCUUUUUUAUAUAUAAAUAGAGUUAAGUAUUAGUAAACCAUAAUACUACCUGCCAACUGUUAAAUAUAAAUAAUUUAAAAAUGUACCAGCAUGACCAAUGUGGUAUUUAGUUCAUUAACUCUUCAAACUGAAGCGUUUAUAAGAACGUGAAUUAAGAUAUAUAUAAAUGUUUAAAUAUAUUUCGUGUUUAGGUUCACAUUUUUCUGCAUAUUAUAAAAGUAAAGUAUAAUUACCCACAUGGACCAAAAAAAAAAAAAAAGAUGUUGCUUUUUGUGUUGACCAGUUUUGUUUAUAUAAUGCUAAAAGCUUAAUAUUAGAGGUGAAAAUACUUUUUGCAAAGUGUGAAUAUAGUUUAAUGCACUUUACAUAUAGAGGAGUUCAGAACAUUGCACAAAGUAAAAAGGGAAAACAAUUAUCAGUGUGAAUGCAUAUUCAAAACGUUACUGUAAUUCUACAAAACACUGAAUUCUAUUUUUGUACACUCCUGUACCAUUUUAUUUGUUGCAUUAUGCACAGAACCUGGUUUGUGUGUGUGAUUAAAGUCCUUUAACUUUUGCUACUGUGCAAAGAACAAACUUUGGUAAAACUGCAGAGUUUUUUUAUUGCUCGACCUCUGAAACACAUCAAUACAAAAUAAAAACAUCAAACAGCA